GGCUGCGAGCAGCAUUAUACCUCAGGUUGUCAUGACAAUACAUUAUCAUACAUUGAUCAAAUACAUUUCUACGAAAUGAAAGGCGUUUUUAAAAUGAUCGCCCGCAAGCUAUAUUUUAAUUUAGAUCAUGAACAUAUGUAAUGAAGAAUUCUGUUGCUUCAUAAAAAGUGAAAUAUUGGCAUCAUAAAGGGAGAUGGUUAGCUAUCGAACAGGUGCACAAGGUACAUGCUGUACACGAGGGCGCGCGAAUAUUUCAAUUUGAGCUAUAUUUGGUUAUACCCGUUAUACCUUGAAUUGUGUAUGUAGGUUUUUAUUUUCAAGGUUUUUUGUACCCAUUUACUUUGCUGGUGUUUGAUUAUUUGAUGUACUGAAGCCUAAUAUUUGCAUACCUUUCUGGCUCACCCUUUUUCCCACAGCAUGCGAGACGCCUGCUGUAUGAAAACCAAAUGUUAUAUUUGCUCCGCCCCUAUAUGUUUUUAAUUUGUUUCCAGAAAAUGGUUCAAGAAUCCCAAUCAGGAUCAUCUGGAGAUGCCAAGCUUCCAGCAGGAAAUGUCCCCUGGAUAGAGAAGUAUAGGCCAGAAGAUUUCCUGGAUAUUGUUGGCAAUGAAGACACUGUGGCACGCUUGGAGGUGUUCUCUAGAAAUGGAAAUGUUCCAAACAUUAUACUGGCUGGUCCGCCCGGCGUCGGCAAGACCACCACGAUCCUGGCGCUGGCGCGGCACAUGCUCGGACCGGCGUUCCGCUCCGCUGUGCUGGAGCUGAACGCCUCCAAUGAGCGCGGCAUCGACGUCGUGCGCAACAAGAUCAAGUCGUUUGCGCAGACGCAGGUGACGCUGCCGCCCGGCCGACACAAGAUCGUCAUUUUAGACGAGGCCGACAGUAUGACGGACGGCGCUCAGCAGGCGCUGCGCCGCAUCAUGGAGCUGUACAGCAACACCACCCGCUUCGCGCUGGCCUGCAACACCAGCGAGAAGAUAAUCGAACCGAUCCAGUCGCGCUGCGCCAUGCUGCGCUUCAGUCGGCUCACGGACGCGCAGAUCGUCAACAAGCUGCUGCGCGUCUGUGAAUUGGAACAGGUCAGCUACACAGACGACGGCCUGGAAGCCAUCGUGUUCACGGCGGAGGGCGACAUGCGCCAGGCGCUCAACAACCUGCAGUCCACGUUCCGCGGCUUCGGGCACGUCAACAGCGAGAACGUCUUCAAGGUUUGUGAUGAGCCGCAUCCCAUGCUGAUCAAGGACAUGCUGUCUCACUGCGCCAAAGCAGAUAUAGACGAAGCGUACAAGAUCAUGAGUCACCUUUGGCGGCUGGGCUACGCGGCAGAGGACAUCAUCACCAACGUAUUCCGCAUUGCCAAACAGCACGAGCUACCUGAGUACCUCAAACUGGAGUUUAUCAAGGAGAUCGGUUACACCCACAUGCGCGUAGCGCAGGGCGAGACGACCCUGGUGCAGAUGUCUGCCCUGCUGGCCCGACUCUGUCGAGUGGCCCAGCGACCGGCCAACUGAGGUCAGUUCCGACCCAACGGAGGUCAGUUCCAACCCAACCGAGGCCGCCAUUCUGAGUGCAUAGUGGAGUGGAGAGUCGCCAGCCGUGGUAACUUUGCCUGCCCGUGACGCGCCGCCCGUGGCGGACUGUGUGGCGUGCACGUCGCCGCUGUUGUGAUUCAGUGCCGAGCGGAACCGGAUUUUGGCUGUUGAACGCGCUUUGGUGCGGUGGUUCCGAUUACGUAAUGUGUCGACACCUUGAGGCACUCGCCCGUGGCCAUCGAAAGCUCGCGAUUCUGCGGAACGACGAGGUGUGCAGUGACCAUGAUGCAUGCAGCGGGGUUCGGAACGGCGGCCCCUAGGAGCUGCCCGCGGGUGUCAUUAAUUUUCAUCUGUGGCUCAGUCAUCCUGUGCGUGUUGCAUUAUGCAUCGUUUUGUACGUUAGUUAUACAUAUGCAAUGAAUA